GGGACGCGGUAGGUGGCGGCGCCACGUCCCGGGCGGUGUCCGGGAAGAAGUAAGUCGGGCCUGGGGACAGUUUGAAGUAACCAUGGCCUUCACGCUAUACUCCCUGCUGCAGGCGGCUCUGCUGUGCGUGAACGCCAUCGCCGUGCUGCACGAGGAGCGCUUCCUCAAGAACAUUGGCUGGGGAACAGACCAGGGGAUUGGUGGAUUUGGAGAGGAGCCAGGAAUUAAAUCUCAACUAAUGAACCUUAUUCGCUCUGUAAGGACCGUGAUGAGAGUGCCAUUGAUAAUAGUAAACUCAAUUACUAUUGUAUUGCUUUUGUUAUUUGGCUGAACAUCAUUGGGAAAUCAGAGACUCAGAAGAAGAAAAGCCCAGAAGUUACUGUUUCUGUUGUGACUGGAAUAUUCGUGUUUCACCAGGCUCAUCUUGCAGUUGACAAAAAAUGUAAAGUUGACAAUAAAAGCAGAGUUUUCAUUUA